AAACCAAAAGCCUCGCAAAUCUCUGUCUCGAUUCCUCUAUUGCCGCCACGUAUUCUCUCUCUCCCUUUCAGUUUUGACCAUCCCCAUCUCUCUCUCUCUCUCUCUCUCUCUCUCUCCAGAGAAGGAUCAACGCUUCCGUGUUUCGUCGCCGGAGCCCCCCAGGGUUGUGAGUUUUUGUGCUGGUGUGAGUUAUGGACAAGUUUAAUUUAGCUCAGUUGGGUAACUUGGGCGAGAAAUUGGUGACGAGUGGAGCUCAAAUGGGUCGGAUGGUUAGUGGCAAAGUGAAGGAGAUUCUGGCUACCCCGACUCCGGAAUCGAGGAUGAUUGAUGAGGCCACCUUGGAGACAAUGGAGGAGCCCAAUUGGGGCUUGAAUUUGAGGAUAUGUGCUAUGAUUAACAGUGAGGAGUUUAGUGGGUCGGAAGUUGUGAGGGUUAUAAAGAGGAAGAUUUCGGGGAAGAAUGUUGUGACACAGAGGCUGAGUCUUGACUUGUUGGAGGCGUGUACUAUGAAUUGCGAGAAGGUGUUCUCGGAGGUUGCGUCGGAGAAGGUGUUGGAUGAGAUGCUUAGGAUGAUUGAUAAUCCACAGACUGAUAGCGAAAAUAGACGCAGGGCUAUGCAGUUGAUAAGGGCUUGGGGAGAGUCUCAGGAUCUUGCAUAUCUACCUGUAUUUCGUCAGACUUACAUGAUCUUGAGAGAAAAAGGAGCACAUCCAGUAGCACAAGGAGGGACUUCGCCCUCGUUGCAAUCUAGCUUGGAAUCAUACAUGGAAGAGCCUCUGCCUCCCCCGGAAAGAUACCCUGUACCUGACACAGGAUUUCAUGAUGCAAGUGACCGUGAAUUUCGCUAUAACUACCUGUCAGUUGAGGAAAAAAAAGAAUAUCUUGUUGUAACUCGCAAUAGCCUGGAGCUGCUGUCUAGUAUUUUGAAUACUGAAACAGAUCCAAAACCUUUGAAGGAAGAACUAACCAUGAACAUGCUGGAAAAGUGCAAGGAGUCUCAGCCUGUUAUUCAGAGGAUUAUAGAAACCACUACUGAUGAUGAAGGGAUGCUCUUUGAGGCACUAUUUCUUCAUGAAGAACUUCAACAAGUUAUUUCCAAGUAUCAGGAGUUGGAAGCUUCUCAAAACUCUGGAGGCCAACAGCUCGAAAACCCGGAUGCCACCAGGCCUGAGGGGUCAGAAGCGGCUCAAAAUGGAGAACUACCAGUAAGCUCUAACCCCCCUGAGCGUGAGGAUUUAGAUAACAGCCAAAAACAUGGUGGUAAACUGCCUGAAUAUUCCAAUGAUUCUGAAGUUGGCCCAUCAGCUCCUCUGGGAAUUCAUAGUGAAACCAAAAUAGCAGAUUCUGUACAAGAAGGCACUCCUCCGUCUAUCAGUGAAAAAGUUGGCCAUUGAUGGAAGCUGCAUCCAUCCUGAUGACUUCAUACUAGCAGACCAUCCUAGUCCCUGAGGAGUCUCUUUCCUCGAUUAUGGUUCUAGUAAUUAACCAUUCUGUAAUAUUACUAGUAAUUUUAAGCAUCGAAUGUGGACUUCAGCUGGGGGCAGCUGUCUCCAUACUAUAAGCCCCUUCUGCCCAACUAUGUUCUGUAUGUGCAUCUUGCUACUGUUUUUUUUUUUUUCUCUGUUUUUCAUUUUCAGGAUGAAUAGUUUCUUUACCUUCCUUGACAUUUCUACGUAAUGUUCUCUCGUGUAAUAUAUGUCCUGGACCCCGGCAUUCUUUGCUCACUUAUAUGCCGGUUUCUGCAUUAUGUUGGAAA